GAGCAGACUGACUCAGUCACUGAACAGGGAGAGGGAGUGAGAAGACAAAGCCGUCAAAACCCCAGUAGCUUUCUUUUUCUCCAGCCCAGAGCAGACACCGGAGCUCCGAGGUACUCCCUCCAUCUUUGGAACACGCUCAUAAUUCAUCGAUAACAGGAAGUUAUGAGGGACCCUGUGAGUAGCCAGUACAGCUCCUUUCUUUUCUGGAGGAUGCCCAUUCCAGAACUGGAUCUGUCGGAGCUGGAAGGCCUGGGUCUAUCAGAUACAUCCACCUACAAGAUCAAGGACAGCAGCGUUGGCAAAAUGACGGGGCAAGCAACCGGAGCAGAACAGGAGAAAAACCCUGAAGGCGAUGCCCUCCUUGAGUACAGCACCUUCAACUUUUGGAGAGCUCCCAUUGCCAGCAUCCAGUCCUUCGAAUUGGACUUGCUCUAAGCCCAAGACCUCUCUCUCCCACCACCAUGCCCUCAUUGCCUGCCUUUCAAACCCCUUCCUUUCCACCCCUUUGCCCUAUCAAUCUUGCCUUCUCCCCUCUAUUGUGUUGAGGUGGUGCUGAUGAAUCUGCCAGAGUUGUGUUUUUAUUUAUUUAUUUAUUUAUUUAUUUAUUUAAUUUAUUUAUCUAUCUUUCUUAUCAUUUUCUCUCGAAAUCCCUCCAAGCCAAAAAGUAAAGGGUUCAAAAUAAUGGAGUACUGGGUCACAGGGAAUCCUCCUCUUCCCCUAGAUAUUAAUUCCAGAAAACAGGCCCAAAGAGGGCACCAGAGAGUCAUAUAAUAGUGCAAGAUGGAGGAUUGAUUUUUUUUUUUUAAUUCAUUUUGAUUAGCUUCGAGAUUGCUCAAAACUUUCUAAUUUCUGGCUCCAGGCCAGUAAACACAAAUAUUUCUUCAAGGGUUAAUGAAAUCCCUGCAAGUUUUAAUUUGAGAUUAUCUGCCACAAGACUGUAGGAUUUCUGAAAGGCGAAGGUGAUGACUCCUGCUUUUUUGAUCCUGCUCCUUCUUGUAAUACUCUUUUUCUCAGAGAAAUUGGAACUAGUUAAAGGUAUAAAACAAGAGGAAAAAAAUACAUCAUGGGAGAUGACAAUAGAGGAAAGCAAUGAAUCACUUCAGAAAUACUUACCGCUCUCAAAAGGGUUACAAUAUAUAUGCUUCUUCAAGCCUACUCACUUUACAAUUUUGCUGCUGUGGGCUGAAAAUUCUAGCUGAGGAAAAUCACUGGGAUUUCAUAUCUUAAAAUGCAAUCUUGCUGACUGUUGUGAUACUGUGUGGGGUUUUAUUCAGUUUCUAAAUGGCACAGGGUUUGGUCCUUAGUAUUUUAGUUUUGCUCUCUGGCAUUUGCAGUGUAGAAUAGUGAUCAAUGGGCCUCAGGCAUAGUUCUUCAGCCACCUUGAGACCAAUAAAAUGAACAAUCACACUCUGACCCUACACCUUGUUCCCACUCCUUCCAAAAUUACUUCUGGUGAUUUGUGUUGCCAUUUAAUCACUUCUUUAAUAAAGACAUUCAAUCCCA